UGGCGCUGGAGCCGGGCGGCAGCGGCGGCAGCAGCAGCAGCAGUAGUAGUAGUAGAAGUAGUAGUAGUAGUAGUAGUAUCAGUGGGAAUGCGCGCCGCCGUGCUGGGCCGGGCGGGAGGAGAGGGGCCACGGGCCGCCUGGGCACGGAAGGGGCCUUUGUGGCCGGGCCCGCGCGCAGCUCCGCGACCUCCCUGCGCGGGCGUUAACGCCUGUGGGUGCUGCCAGCGGGCCCUCAGCCUCUCCACGAGGGGAGCCCCAGCAGCGGCAGCCUCGUCCCACUCAGGUAGCGGCAGGCCCUGGGAGCUGCCUGCGGCUACGCCCCGGGCCAACGGGAAACGGCGGACACACCGCGCACCGUGGUCGUGGCGCAGCAGGGACGAGACGCGGAGCCAGAGCCGGCGCUGUGCGGAGAUGGGGCAAAAGCAGUUCCUGGAAUAAAUUCCCACUUUCCUGUGUGUGCUAAUGGCUGGUGGAAAACAAAUUACUACGUUUCAGGGAGACUUUUUCUUCUAUUGUCCCCCUGUCUACCCAGACCAGUCUUUGGCAGAUGGGAUGAGAAAGGAUAAGAAUCCUGCACUGCAAAUGGCCUCCUGUUCGACCAUUAUUGUUUGCUAGUCUGAAGUCAGCUCUGGUGGAUGAAGAAGGUUGAUGACUAAGAUGUUUGACAGGGUCAAACGAUCAGAUGAAGCUUCUGCUUCUUCAGCACAAGGAAUUGAAAGACUUGGUGUUGAAGGUUCUCUACAACAGGAUAGCAAUAGCAGUUUGCACACAAGAGGACGAGAACAUCCUCGACCUGGAGUAUCCACUGUGCAAAAUAGACAAGGAUACUGCAACUGUUGCCACGUACACUACAGUAAUCUGGAACAGCAUGUUUUCAGCUCCCAGCACAGACAUUUUACCACUUACUGCAGGAAUCGUGUUGGUACCAGUAGCUUAAUGGAGCGUUUCCUGCAAGAUGUUCUACAGCAUCAUCCACACAGAUACCAUGACAACAGACCAAGCUAUGAUGACAUGCCACUUCCUGUCACUCCAGAGGCUGAGAGAGUUCCUUGCCUGUCCACAGAAAAGGUGGAGCAAAAGAGGAACAGAGACAGACGGAUUUCCAGCAAAGACUCGGAAUCUCUUGGUGAAAUACGCUCUUCUGCACCACUUCAGUCUCAUCAGGGCACAAAGGAAACUUCUGCAACACAAACAUUUAUUCAAAAACUAGAAAGAAGGCAGAAACAUGUUACAAAAAUAUCCCAGUCAUCUACAGACAUUUAUAGCAAUGAGAAACAGAAUACCCUGCAAGAUGCUCAAAUGGCAAAUCAUAGCUGUGAAGGCCAGUUUACAGCUGUGAGCCCCAUACCUCAGUGUUUUUCUGACAGUCCUUUAAUCCAUAGUUAUUCUCUUAAUCCUAAAUCAGGGAAAAAUGUUACAAAUAUGGCAGCAUUAAAUCCGAUUCUUUGUAGCGGAUGUGAUAAAACAGGAAUGGAGGUGUGCAAUAGCAAUGUAUUAUUGAACCCAUCCUUAAAUCCUUCUUCAGCACUGGUUCGUCCAAAAUGCCCUUCAGUUUCUCAUCAGAAUCCUAUGUGCAGUCACAGCAAUUCUUUGUGUAUUACCUCAGGCCAAUCUCUCUCAAAACGAGAUGGUUUACAAACUCAGGAUGAAACUUUGUCUGAUUUCCAUCUCAGGGAUACUGUGGGUAUCAGCAGCUCCCUAGAUCUUGGGACAUCCCCACAACCAGCAAGAUGCAAAAACAUGAACAGAGGUGAUGGAAGUUCAGUGGAUGCAACUAUUGAAGAUGUUAUUUUGAAAUACUGCCAUGGAACUACAUCUGAAGAAAUUUAUUACCAAGAAGAGAAAAAUCCCUGUUUAACUUUUUCAUCGCUUCUGGAUCAUACUCAUUUAGAGGGCUCUGAAAUGAGUUUUGACUGUGAUGCACAUAUUCAGGCAGGAACUGACUUACCCAAGGCAGCUAUAAAAGAUGUAGAAUUCCUAAAAGAGGUCCAAAUAAGUUUGCAAGAUAAAGGCUAUGGAACACAGCUCUCUUCUGUUUUAAAAAAUGAUUCAGUAGAGAAAAUGCCAGCAGUGAAACAGGAUGUCGUAGUUCAUACUGAAGAACCAGUUCUUCCAGCCCUGCCUCAUGUGCCUCCUUCUUUUGUGGGAAAGACUUGGUCUCAAAUAAUGUAUGAAGAUGACAUAAAAAUUGAAGAACUUGUACGUGAUUUCAGGGAAGGUCGUUUUCGCUGCUACUUUGACAGUGAAUCUUCGGCCAACUGUACAGGGAAGAGAAUGAAGAAAAAAACGCAGAAGAAGGAAAAAAAGGACAAUAUUGUUACGGGUAAUAGAACAGAAAGUGCAUCAGUUAAAGCAUUGCCAGAAUUUAAUGGUGCUUUAAGUGGUGACUCUGAUUUUGAUAAACCAUCUUUAGCCUCAGAUACACUAUGCAAACCACAGAUUCUUAAAGUGUCUAGGAAAAGGACGUGGCGCCUGGCUUCAAGAUGCCAGGUAGUAAAAGUCAGCCAUGGCACCCAAACAAGUCUAUUGAACUACCCUGUAGCAAAAAGAAAAAUGUCUAGAAGGGAAUCUGAUCCAGCUGAUGAGAAAGCAAGCAUUAUGUGGCCAGAGAAUGAAAAAACUCCAAACAUGAAAACUAGACUAUGUGCCCUUAAACUUCCUGAGUCCUACAGCAAAAUUAUGAGUCCUGUGCAGCCCAAGACAGUGGUGUAUGUACUUUCAUGCCCAGAAAUAAAACAAUGUAGAGGUAAACCUGUAGAUAUUCCCAAAUUUAUGAAGAAUCGUAACUCCACAGAUAGCAAGGAGUCUGUAAGGUAUAAAUACAAACAGAGUUCUUUUAAGUAUUAUGACCCACUGACAAACAGAAUUAUGAAAACUCCUCCAAAGUGUACAGUUGAAGAAAAGGCCAAAAAGCCUUCCCAUGUUCGACAGCUUUUCAGAAGUCUCAGCUUUGAUGCAAACAUGAGGAAACUAGUUGAUGCACAGGGAGAAAGCACUCCAUCAUCAUUCUUGCCAGAUCUACGUAAAGGGAAUGACGCAGCCUUGGGUCAAAAGGCAGAAGUAUCUUCUAUUUCCCCAGAAAGAACAGAUUGUCUGGUGUCUGGUCACGCAGAGAACUCUUUUAAACAUCUGAUCAUUUCACCUUUGAACUCUCACCAGUCUGCAGUAGAAGGAGAUGGUAGAUUAACUCCAUUUAACAGUAGAGUUGCUAAAGCUCCUCUAACCUCCAUCAGGAGUGAGCGGUUAGAGAGGGAGAAUCCGAAAGCAAUAUGGAAGAGAAAAGAAGGCACUAAUAAAGAGCCAUUUUUUUCUAGAAAGGCUGCAGGACCUAUGUCAAUUAGAUGUACUGUUGGGAGGAGGGGAAACAGAGUAACCACAGGCAAACAAUCUUCCAGAACUAAAAAAAAGCAAAAAGAGGGGAUGAGAAGGAAACUUCGUCCUUGUGCCCAGAAAUCUUCUGCUAAAAAAUUGAAAGUGAGGAGGAAACCAAAAAGGACCUUUCUAAAUUCAACAGUUGUCCUAGGGGUUCCUGAAAAGAAACAGAAAGUCACAUCUGAAUCUUUUCCCAAGAAGCCAGAGCGAACUUCUUCCAAAGUCAGGAACUGGGAAGUAAGUGGAGCACGCUAGCACUGUGAACCAACCCUCUAGAAGAACUUCUGCUGUGGCAUUCCUUUGAAACUCUUGUUCUGCCAGGUGACAGCUGGCUACCAAAAGAACUUCUUAAUGGCACUCACCUGGAAGGAGGUUGGGGGAAAAGAGAUCAUAGAUAAAGUUGAAGUGCUAGAGCUGCAGAAGUGGAAAAGCCAGUCUAAUGUGACACAAGUACAACUGUAAACUCAGCUCUUGUUCCUGGAAUAUGGGAACGUAAUGUAUUGUACUGUUCUAUUGUGUAAAGCUGCAGAAGAUUUGCAUUUGAGUUAAAAAGCACUUAGAAUCCUAUUUGCUAGACUUCACCUGUACGUCAUAAAAAUGAGCUUGAAUAGUAUCAUAUUGUUUUUAUGGUAUUACCAGUGCAUAAUAGUGCACUAUAAUAAGGUAAAUGAGAAGAUGUAUUCAUUAAUUGUGCCUAUUCUAAUUUUCCCACAUAAUUCUAAAGCGCAAAAAAGAAUUGUUGUUAUACUAGAAAUUAAAUGAAGAUACAUUAAUCUGGGCUGAAUUCUGUGUAUGUAUUUUGUGUUUGUGUAUGUGCACACCACCUUCAACACAUAAUAUAUACUUGCCCAUGGAGUGGCAUGAAAAAUUACUACAGUAUGAUCAAUUCAGUGCUUUCUUCAAAUCAAAUAUAAUUAUACAUGUUUUUAUGUUGACUUUUUUUUUCCUGAAACCACGUCCAAAACAGUUAUUUUGGACAAAAAGUCACUGUGGGCUCUCAUCAAGCAAUAAUGGACCAUGCUGGUAAAAGAGGUAUGUCUCUUUAGGGCAAUACUCAAAUGGAAAUGGCCAAAGUGAAAGCUCAAAUUCCAAAUGAAAUAUAGACUUUGGUUGUGGGCUUGUUUGGGGGUUUUCUGUUUGUUUGGUUUGGGUUUUGUUUGGUUGGGUUUUUUUACAUAGCUUAGUGAUAAAGUUUAUAGCUGAGUUUCACAUUCCUUAGUGGGCAGAUGGAAAAGUUGUAAUGCAAAAAAAUAACUGUGAGGUAUUCUAGAAUGUCAAACUUAUAUUUGAGUAUCGGUGCAUUAAAAAAAAAAAGGUUUAUUUACUGUUGGUUACAUUUUAUGUACUGCAGUUGAAAGUUUUAAAACUUUCAGUAAAAUGUUUUAAGUAAACCUAAACCAACAUCCAUCAAAAUGUAUUAGAGUUCAACUAUCUACUUAAACAGAUAUUUAAACAUCUCUUUAAAGUAUUUAGUUGAAUUAAAAUUGUAUUUCUCAGUGAUUCUUGUUUGGCUACUGAUGCUCUAACAACUAUGGUUUUAUGACAUGUAAUACUGUAGUAUUUGUGUUUUGGUUUAGUUUUUUAUUUUAAUAGUUGUUAUGAUGACAGCUUAUUUAAUAUAUUUAGGAGACAUAAACUCCAGUCUUGCAGGUGUCUCUGUGCUUUAAAAUCUCAGAAAAUUGUGUGUUUAUAUUAAGUUAAGCAUAUAGUUAAACAUCAUCACAGUCAGGGCUGUGGUUUGCAAAUCUGUAAUUUGGUAUAUUAUAUAAUCUAUCUUACUUUAAAGGUCUUGAUAAAUACUGUAGUUGUACAGGACAUCUUUCAGAAUGCAAGAAAACCAGAAAAGAACAGACUGCUCUCUCUGCCAUUGAAAAUAACAUCUGUGCAUUUUCCCCUGAAAACCAAAAUGGCUUUUUAUUCAUUUUCUGAAUUGUUAAGGGUGAUUGGUUUGGAUUAAGAUAAAGGUGAACUUUGAAAUGAUUAAUUUUAAUAUAUAUAUAAAAUAUAUAUAUUAAAAAUAUAAAAGCUGUCAUCAUAAACCACUUGUUCAAAUAUUUGGGGGAUUUUUUUUUUUAACAUAUGUGCAUGUUUCCCAGAACAAGUAAAAAAUGAGCAUAAACUUGAGAGAAAUGGAAACUAAGUUCCUUUGCAAGUCAAAUAUCUGACAGAUUUUUUUAAUAUAUUUUUAAUUUAUUUUAUUUUUGAAGUAAAAGUUUAUUUCUAUGGAUAAAUUUUCCUGUGGUUGUCAGUAGAUACAGAAUCUUAUAAUACUGCAAGUCACUGGAAAGUGAAGGGUUUUGAGUUCUUACAACUCUCUUAACUAUUUGUGCCUAUAUAAUUUAAUAUUUUGUCAAUAUAAAAUUGAUUUUUUUAAAGCAAAAUUUAAAGGAAUGGUUUUUAUAUAGAAAGGCUAAUUUUUAGAUAAGUAAAAUAAGAUUUUUAAAUAGUUUGUUCAAAAGCAAAGCUUUAAAUUAACUUUAUAGAUAAGUCCCAUUCUAACAUUUUUAUGACACAAGAAUGUUUUCCUAACUUCUUCACAAUAUUGUACACAUGAAGAGCAUAAACUGUUUUGCGUGUGAAUAAGGUUCAAUGCACUUUGUACUUUAAGAUCAUUAGUGCAUAUUUGUUUACAGACAACAAUACUGUUCUCCAUACUCAUUCAUUGCAAGCUUGUGUUUCUCCAGCACACAACUUUUCCUUGAAAUUUUGAGUAAUAAAAAUACCUUGAGGGCUGAAUAAUGAUUAAUAUUUUUAGACUGUAAUGUCUUUUUUUGAAAAAAUAAUAGAGCCCCUUGUCAGGGUGAGUUUUUUAAAUGAAAAAAUGUAUUAUAUUUAAAUAAAAGUGUAAGUGGCAUAUAUUUUCUUUUUAAAAAAAAGACAAGGAAAAAAGAACAAGCAUGAAAUGUAACAGUUCUUUAGAAGGGUAAAACUUGGAAUACAAAUCUUGGAAACACUUCUGUGGUUGCCAAUGUCAAGAUUCACUGUAAGCUUGGAUGUUAUUUUAUGCCUCACUUCUGUUUAGAAACCUCUUCUAGGCAUGCUCAAUGACUACUAGAUAAAAGGAGAGAUUGUGAUAGGAGAAGUAGCUCUAGAAACUGCUUUCAAAAGAGAAUUGAUGAAUAUAUGUGCAAAACACUAAAAAUUGCAGAGACACUCAAAAUAGCAUGUGCAUGAACGAGAAAAGUUUUCUGAGGUCUUGAGGGAUUAGUCAAACACUUUCCUAUUAGAUAAACCAGAUUCCGCUGCCAUUGAAUAGCGUGUUAUAUAGUUAGCAGCAUGACUGAAACUUCAAAAUAGGAUUGUGAAGUUAACACCAAUGUAAAACUCAAGAGCUGGAAUACUUUCUCACUGACAUUUAUAGGAGGUUUAGAUGAGUUUUUUAUGUUGGUGGACAAAGAUGCCAGUAUGCUUGCAUGUCUUAGUGUAGAGAAGUAAGAAAAGCUAACUGGAUUAAAGUGGAAUAAAGUCACAUGUUUUGAGUUUAACUGUUAAAUGUAGGAUACCUUAGUUAAGAAAAAUGAUAUAAUUUCUUCUUCUAUGUGUAUGUUAUCUUGACCUUCUGCAAGUUCAUACUUUUGUAGUUUUAUAUAUUUCAUAUUUUAAAGUCUCUCCCCUCCAAAGUACCCAUUCUGCCUUUUAAAACAGUCUCAUUCUAAGCAGCUUGAUUUUUAUUAUUCACUUGUAUUGUUAACCUUGAGCAUGACCCAGACCCAUACUGUGCCAGUUGCUAACCAGACAUAGACUAUCAUGUCCCCAAAACUAAAUAUCUGACACUUUCACAUAGCAGUUCUUUUCACAUGGGAUUUUUUGCUUUCUACUUCUUUCUGACAAAUUUGUUCUUGUAGUAUGAAAGUAUUCCUUUCUGGGACUCAGAUAAGGUGAGGUAUUUAGUUGUAUUUACAAUGAGACUAUGAGUAAAUCUGUAGUUGUGUUUAAGUUUCAUGCUAAGUUUGUGCCCAAUGAGAGUACCUGUUUUUGUGAGUUUCAUGUUGUUGUAAUUAAUAAUGUAUUUUGCAAUACUCUUGCUUGAUGCUGUACUUUUUAACGGCUUCUGCUUUUAUCUGUCUCUGCUGUCGAUGGUCAUUUGACACAAUGUGAGUUUCUAAGAAUACAGUGAUAUUACAGACUUGUGCUGUUGCUGGAUGUUCUUUCUUUGUAUCUUCUACACAUUUAAUUUCAGAUUUAUUGUUUCCAUGUUUUUCCUCAGUCAUGUAGUGAGAUUAUUUUUUUUUUCCUGUUAUGAAGAAGUAAAUUAUAGGAUAGGAUAUUCUGUUUGGAAGUAAAUCAGUGAUAAGUAACAGAAGUGGAUGGUGUCCUGAUCUACAGCAUAGAGGGCAAACAAUUCUGUGCUUUCAAGUCCACUUCACUGAGUCUUGCAAACAGGAGUGGGAUGAUGAUUCUUGAUUUUUUAAGCUAUAUUCCUUUUUCUUUCCCCUAGAGUAACUGCCUGAGAAUGGAGUAAUUGAUCCUUAUUCUGGAAAUAAAACAGUAUUUCAACUGUUCAUGUUUUUGAGGAUAGAUAAUUGCUAAUUGCUAAUGCAAUUAAAAUUCCUGAACUUUAAUGAUUUAUCUGCUAUGAAUUACAGCAUCUCUGAUAAUAUUUUUCAGAAAACUGUAGUAGCAUAGGUCUGAGCAUGCCCAGAAGCAAAGGUUUUUGUUCCUUCUUUCUUUGUUUUGUAGUUAUGAGUUUAUUCAUUCCUU